AUGGCAAGGACCGGCGAACCCCCGGUGCCCAGCACCAUCGACGGCGUCAUUUUCACGCUCACACGGCAACAGCACCCCAACCCACACGGGGUGAUGAUCGACCACGUGCACCUGGAGCGCGAGGGCCUCGGCGAGGGCGGCCACUGGGUCUCCCUGGCAGGGCGUCUGCUCCAGCAGCACUGGUGCCGGUGUCCGCUGGGGCGGGGGGAGCAGCGCAGGGGGGCGGCCGUCAUCUGCGGCGGCCGCGUGCGCCUGUUCACCGAUGAGCCCACCUUCCGCCAGCCGGUGGCCCUCCCCUUCUACCACCUGAAUGAGGCCGAGUGGCCCGCGAUCGACGGCAUGGCCCCGCCCCUGCCGGUGCUCCUCGCGUUCCAGGAGCAUUUGAUGAAGCCUGCGACUGGGUUGACUGAGGAACGACUCUAG